AUGCUGGGGAAAAGCCAGAGUUUCACCGGAAAGGGUUUCAAAACUGAGACUGUGGCAGCCAGGAAAUCCACCAAAAUAGGCAUCCUAACCAAAAUGAAGAAGGGCCAAACCAAGAACCUUUUCCACUUUCCCGUCGGCUUCAAGAUAAACCCCGCCUUGGAUAAUGAUCGGGUGUCCGUCAAUCGGGAUUAUGGAAACAUGCAUUCCAAGGGGUCGUCCACUCCGUAUCCGCAGAAGACCCCGUCGAUAGAUGAGAUGGCCUUGGCGGCCAAACUGGAGUCAGAUAGUCUGACAAUGUCGGGGACGAGCAACUCCUCCUUGUGCACCUCGCAAUUGAAAAGUGUAACCUUGCUUCCACAUGGAUUGACCUUUCAAAUGCGACGCAAACUCUUCGACGAGGGGGAGUUUACUGUCUGCAAGGGUCGCAAGAUGAGCGACGUCUACCAUAGGAUAGAAGAGGAUCUGGAGGACUUGUCCACACCCAUCCAGCGAAUAGAUGCCAGGAAUACACCCUAUAGCAACUACAAAGACGUUAAGGAGUACUGCGAUGUGAACAACAUUAAAUUAACCCAGGGAUUCGGCAGCUAG